CUGGAGCACCUGGUCAGACCCAGUUAGGGUAGAGACCGCCUCCGAGACAGCUGGACUCUCGUGAGAUCUGUGACUUGCCCCGGAAGACCCGCCCCCAGUGCCAUAGAGACCAAUGGGAGAGGGCGACGGUUGCGACGGUUGGGUUUUGAAGGAACCAAUGAGUACUCGGAGCGGAGAGUUCAAGAAGUGUAGGCCGGCAUUUGUAAGGCUGGUCCGGGAUCGGAACCUGCUCGGAGCUGACGGUGUGAGACGCUCGGCUCCUAUGGCGCAGUUCGUGUUCGAGACUGACCUGCAGUCGCUGCUGCAGCUGGACACACCCAUCCCCAAUGCACCCCCCGCGCGCUGGCAGCGCAAAGCUAAGGAAGCCUCGGGGCCGGGCCCCUCACCCAUGCGGGCCGCCAACCGAUCCCACAGCGCCGGCAGGACCCCGGGCCGAACUCCCGGCAAAUCCAGCUCCAAGGUUCAGACCACUCCCAGCAAACCUGGUGGUGACCGCUAUAUUCCCCAUCGCAGUGCUUCCCAGAUGGAGGUGGCCAACUUCCUUCUGAGCAAAGAGAACCACCCUGAAAACAGCCAGACGCCCACUAAGAAGGAACAUCAGAAAGCCUGGGCUUUGAACUUGAACGGUUUUGAUGUGGAGGAAGCCAAGAUCCUUCGGCUCAGUGGAAAACCACAAAAAGUCCCAGAGGGUUACCAGAACAGACUGAAAGUACUCUAUAGCCAGAAGGCCACACCUGGCUCCACCCGGAAGACCUGCCGUUACAUUCCUUCCCUGCCAGACCGUAUCCUGGAUGCCCCUGAAAUCCGUAAUGACUACUACCUGAACCUGGUGGAUUGGAGCUCUGGGAAUGUAUUGGCUGUGGCUUUGGACAACAGUGUGUACUUGUGGAGUGCUAGCUCUGGUGACAUCCUGCAGCUGCUGCAGAUGGAGCAGCCCGGGGACUAUGUAUCUUCUGUGUCCUGGAUCAAAGAGGGCAACUACCUGGCUGUGGGCACCAGUAGUGCUGAGGUGCAGCUAUGGGAUGUGCAACAGCAAAAGCGGCUUCGAAACAUGACCAGUCAUUCUGCCCGAGUGGGCUCCCUAUGUUGGAAUAGCUAUAUCCUGUCCAGCGGCUCACGCUCUGGCCACAUCCAUCACCAUGAUGUUCGGGUAGCAGAACACCAUGUGGCCACACUGAGCGGUCACAGCCAGGAAGUGUGCGGGCUGCGCUGGGCCCCAGAUGGACGACAUUUGGCCAGUGGUGGCAAUGAUAACUUGGUCAAUGUGUGGCCUAGUGCCCCUGGAGAGGGUGGCUGGGUUCCCCUGCAGACAUUCACUCAGCAUCAAGGGGCUGUCAAGGCUGUUGCUUGGUGUCCCUGGCAGUCCAAUAUCCUAGCAACUGGAGGGGGCACCAGUGAUCGACACAUUCGCAUCUGGAAUGUCUGCUCCGGGGCCUGUCUGAACGCUGUGGAUGCCCACUCCCAGGUGUGCUCCAUCCUCUGGUCUUCCCACUACAAGGAACUCAUCUCAGGCCAUGGCUUUGCCCAGAACCAGCUGGUUAUUUGGAAGUACCCAACCAUGGCUAAGGUGGCUGAACUCAAAGGUCACACAGCCCGGGUCCUAAGUCUGACCAUGAGUCCAGAUGGGGCCACGGUGGCAUCAGCAGCAGCAGAUGAGACCCUGCGGCUCUGGCGCUGCUUUGAGUUGGACCCUGCCCGGCGGCGGGAGCGAGAGAAGGCCAGUGCAGCCAAAAGCAGCCUCAUCCAUCAAGGCAUCCGUUGAGGACCAACUCAUCACCUCAGUUUUUUGUAUGCUUUUUUUUAUUUUUCUAAUAAAGUUAUAUCUCUCUCUCUUCUCCCUGCGUGACAUCUGUCCCAGUGGCCUUCCCAAGAGGCUUCUCUUUAUGAUUAGAGAGCUAGAAA